CCCCCCCCUCCCUAUAGUGGCGCAGCCGGCACGUGCCGACCAACACACGCGUUCGUCGGCCUUCCCCGAAACAUAAGACACGUGUCUCUCGCCCAUGGCCAGCAAGCGCACGAGACGUGCGCUCCCACCAACGCCAGGGACACCGCCUUUGCGCACCACACCGACCAGCGCGGCGACCCCGACCCCGCCUGUGACAUUGGCGGCGCAGUCCGUGCUUGAGGCUCCCGCCUCGCCGACGCCGGCUGCUGAGGCAGGGCCUGCCGCCGCUGCGCCGGGUGCCGGAGAGAGCCGGGACAGUGGCGGCGACCAAGAGGGAGAAGGGGUGCGGGCAGACGCGGGGGCAAGGUCGCAGACUGGCGAGAGAGCGAGCUUGCAGGCAGGGGAGGGGCAGGGUGGAGCACAGACGGCGGCUUGUGAGCGCGAGCGCCCGCGGUCGACCGAGGUAGCCUGCGCGAGGUGCCGCGGCGGGGUGGAGCGGACCGGGGUGGAAGCAGCCGGCGCUGUGUGGCACUCGGCGUGCUUUGUGUGCGAGCUGUGCGGCGAGAGCUUGCUGGACGUGCCGUUUGUGUCGGCGGGUGGUCGGCCGUACUGCGAUACAGUGUGCAUGAACGGCGGGACGGCGCCGCGGUGCCACGGAUGCAAGCAGGACAUGCAGACCACGGUCUUUGUCCGCUCGAUGGGCCGCCUCUGGCACACCGAGUGCCUGCUCUGUUCCGAGUGCUCGGUCGCGCUCUCGUCCAAAUUUAUCAAAGCCAAGGACAAGGCGUUCUGCUCGGUGGCAUGCGUCAAAAAGUACAAACGUCGCCGGCGCGAAGCGCGCAAGUCGCACACUCGCCCAACAUCGACCUCGACCGCGGACAUGCCCGCGCUUGUUCUUCCGGAGCGGACACCUGCGUCUGGCUCAUCAUCGUCGUCCCCCGGCCGCGCGUCGUCGGGCUCGGCUUCGUGCGAUUCAGACGGUCGGACACCGCGUGGGUUCUCACCGGCCCACUCGGCCAACAUGUCGGAUUCGAACGACAACGACGAGUACGAAGUGCCGGCGGCGACCGAGUGGAAGAUCGACUCGCCACUGAAGGCGCUCGAGGCCUGGCUCCUCGCACCGCCGUUUGUACGGCUCUAUCGGAUCACCCGCGCGCUCCCGCUCGGAGACCGGUCAGCGUUCAUGGACGCUCUGGCUAACGUCGCAGUCUACCGCCAAGUCGCACUUCCGGUGCUCAAGAUCUUCAUCGACAACGAAGUCUCGGCCACCGAAGACUACACCACGUUGUUCCGGACCGAUUCGCCGCUGACCAAGUUCAUGAAGCAGUUUGCGGUACUCAUCGGGCGCGACUACCUGGAAGCGUCGAUCGGCCCGAUGGUCCUCGACCUCGUCUUCCGCUCGGUUGCGUUGGAGAUCGAUCCGCAGCGCAUGGGCGAGAUGUCGCCUGAAGCUGCCGCCGCAGCGCAGGCCGCCAGCGCUGAGGCGCUCACCCGCGAGUGCUCCUCGUUCCUUGCCGCCAUUCUCUUCUCCUCCAAGUUUGUGCCGCUCGCCUUUAGGUUCGUCUGCCAGUACCUCCAGGCUGCAGUCGCCCGCCAGUGGCCGUCGCGACCCGAGUUUGUGUACCGGGCACUCGGCGGCUUUCUCUUCCUUCGUUUUUACUGUCCGGCCAUUGUCUCGCCCUCGGUCUUUGGUCUUGUCGACGAGACACCUGCGCGCCCUGUCCGCCGCACCCUCGUGCUAGUGGCCAAGACGCUCCAGAACAUGGCCAAUGGCGUCACGCCGCCCGCGUCGUCGCCGAUGAACUUGCUUAACUCGUUCUGCGCCGAGCAGCAAGUCGCACUCCGUGACUUUUUCGACGACUUUGUGCGGAUUGACGACGAGACCUCACCGGGCGCCACGCCCGACUCGCCCGUCUCGGCCAAGGCUGCGGUGCAGGCCAUGUCUUCGCUCCAGCGCCUGCUUGUCGGUUCGGCGCCCUCGAUCGGCCCCAAGCUCUCGGCGCGCGCAUGGGCUGCCCUCGCCUCUCUCCUCAUUCUCAACGACCCUCUCGUUCCGCUGCCAGACGUCGAGCGGGUGGCAAUGGCCGCAGCGCUGGAAAAGGUGUUUGACAGUGACGGCGACAUCCCGUCCGACAACGCCUCUCACGAUGGCCCGGUCUCGGCCAAUCUUGCGUCGCGGCUCCGGUCAGCCUCGCGAUUCAUGGGCUCCAAGCUCACCGCCAUGCGUGCGAAGCGCAAGACCUCGCGCCCAGAGAGCCUUGACGCCAUGGUCGACGCGCCAGUUGCCUACGACGUCAUCGCGCGGUUCGAUGUCUUGCGCGCCGCCUUCCUUGAUGCCUUGGACACCUCUCAGUACGUUGUUGUUGCCGGAGAGACGCCGGUUGAUGGCUUUCUGGCCGACCAGGAUGCUGCCUUGCGUGAAAUCGAAGCCAGCCGCGCCGAAGAGCGGGCUGGGCAAGCAGAAGAGCCCAGCAACGAGUGCACCACCGAGUCGUCAUCUGCGGCUGGCACCACUCUGGCUGCGUCGCAUGCCACCGUUGCGAGCGUUGAGUAAGAGAACGAACGGCUGUGUAAACGGUGUUUGGGGUC